CCUCCUCUCUCUCCUCUCUCCUCUCUCCUCUCCCCUCCUCUCUCCUCUCCUCUCUCUCCAGGUUUGCUGGGUGCCACCUCACUAAUGAAGCUGAUUAAACCACAAGCCCCUCAGGUGAAGGGUGAGCUGGGGGAGGGGGAGGGGGAGGGGGUGCAGAUCUCCUCCUCUCAGGCUCAUGGUUUCCUGUCUCACUCGCGGCCGCGACGCAACGCUGGCAAGUGGCAUCGAAACGUCCCGGACUUCCAGGCGUAUUACCGGUACUACAACAGCAUCGGACACAACGAGGGGCUCUAUGAGAUUGAUCGGAUCCGCAUGCUGUACCAGCAGAUGCGUCACUUGGAGCAGGUCCACGGACCCAACGCCCCGUACUACCAGCACACCCUGGGCCUGCCGCCCGCCAAGUGCGACCCUCUGAAAGACAGCAAGUGCAAGACCCCGCCCCCAGAGGCACAAGCCCCGCCCCCCAGCACGGCCCCAGCCCCGCCCCCGGUCAGCCAGGCAGGAGUGCAGUACCUGUGUGACCCCCGCGACCCCCGCUGCCGCCCCUAUGUCGUGUACAGCGCCAGCCCCUUCCCCUGCGACCCCCGCUUCGACCCCGCCUGCGCCCCCCCGCCCCCCCCCAAGCAAGAGAAGAAACCCCCUCCCCCUCCCCAUGCAGCGCCCCCCAAACCCUACAAGGCCAUGGAGUACGACUGUGAUCCUUACUGGGACCCCGACUGCCUUCGAGAGACACCCCUCAUGCUGACCAAGGGGAAAACACACCCCCCUCCGCCCCCCGCCCCCCAGCCAGAGGAGGAGGAGGAGGAGGAGGAAGAGGAAGAGGCCCCGCCCCCUCCCGGCCCCGCCCCCUCCCGCAAGAAGGGCCCGUAUUACACCGUCCACGGGCAGCAUUACAACUACGACCCCUACGAUCCCUACAGCUACGUCUACCACCGGCAGCCGAGCCAGUGAAACAUCACCCCCGUGUGGCUGCAGAAGUGUACUGCGGGGAGAGAGAGAGUGCGCCACACAGAGUCAAAAAACAAACAAAAAAAGAUUAGUACUUAAUUUAAAAAAAAAAUAAAAUGUUACUUCUUAUUUCCAGUAUUGAAGAGUAUUAAACAGAACCUUUUUUUUUUUUGGAUGGGGUGUUCAGAACUCCAGUAAAUGAAUCGCGAUGUUUUUAUGUUUCCCAGAAGUCCCUCCUGCUGUGGUCCGUGCUGCGACACGUUGAAAUGUCUGCGAGAGGUUGGAUGUAAAAUAACACAAAAAAUAAAUAACUGCUGCAAUGCCACAUUUAUU